CGCAAAAUCAAUGAACAUCACAUUCCCCACGUCUUCACCAAUACCACAAUUACAGCCCUCAAACCCCUGGCUACCAAGCCCUCUUGAGUGGAAAUGGACACUGAAAAGGCUCGGGAAUGCCUCAGCAGCAUUCUAAACAAGAACCUUCGCGUGUACACCUCCGAUGGUCGGUUGUUCUGGGGCGCUCUAAAAUGCACCGACCCUGACAAGAAUAUUGUGCUGGCUCACACUUAUGAAUAUCGGCAACCAUCUUCAAGGGAGCGUGAAAAGGCAGCAGAGAAAGCAGAUGGAGAAACUGUCAAGGUCGACAUGACAUCUCGCUACUUGGGUCUGGUUGUCAUACCCGGGGAGCACAUUGCCAAGAUGGAAGUUGAGGAGUUUGCGAGUCAAAUGAGGAAUCAGAACAUCAUAUGAUGUAGCGGAUACAGAGAUAAUAUUAAUGAAUAAAAAAUACAACAAGGCUACCGCAAAAGAAAGUUAUCGUACCCAUUCAGCCUUUUGCAACCCGUCCAGCCUGAAGCUACCCACAACGCCUUGUACAACCAAGAUUGCGUUCCCAUCAUUACUACCGAACGUGAGGAAAGCAAGACACACUCUCGUCCUCUUUCACAUAGCCUGAUUUCCGUGCUUUGCCACACCAAUUAUGAGCACUUUCUAUGCGGCAACAGCUUCCUGUGUGCGUCCACGAGACUCGCCGUUCAGACCACCAUCGCUGUCCAGAAUGGAGCCUCGGGCAUCCUCCUCUUCCUCUUCCUCGUCGCUGUCGAGAUCACGGUCCCGAGCAGUCCAGGAGCUGCCAUCGUUCAAGGGCACAUCUUGACCGGAGAGAUCGUGGCCCUCACCUCGGUUGCG